AAUACUAUUAAAAGAGAAGGAGUAUUAAUAAAUCUACUUAAAAAGUUGUUUGGACCCUUUCAUUAACUAAUAAUAUUUUUGGUUUUACAUUAUUUGGACAAACAAUAUGUUGCCUUAAAUUUCUCUAACAAUCAUUUAGUCAAAUUUUUAUUUAUUGGACCCAUAUCUUUUUGUAAACAAAAAGAUUAUAUCAUAUAUAUACGAUCACAUAAAUUUGGUUCACGAAAAUAUUAUCACAUACACUUUAUUAUAUUUUUCUCUAAAUAUGCCUCAUUAACUUCAUAAUUAAAAUAAGUUUAAAAAUGAUAUAUUAUGUUAAUUUUAUUUUAUUGAUAAAUAACAAUUUAAUAUUUAAGAUAAGUUUAAAAUUAUCAAAAACCCAACAAAUCUUUUUUUAGUGCUCAACAAAAAACCUACAAAUCCAUACUGUUAAAUUAGCCAAAAACCUCUCAAAUAAAUUUUAAGUUUCACCAACUAAUCAAAAGUAACUUUUAUAAAAUGCACAAAGAUAUAAUGAAAUGUGAGAUUUGGGCAUUCGGGUCUUCGGGUCAAAUAUAAAUCGGUUUUUUUCAGGUCCAAGUUCUUUGGGUCUUGGCAUUUAUAUCCAACUAGGUAUUUGAAUAUAUUUUUUUUGUUAAGAUUUGUUUCUUUUAGUUCCAGGUAAGUUUGAGUCAAUAUUCAAGUAUUUAUAAAAUUUACUAUGUAAUUUGGCUACGUAAUGAGUCUAGCUCGGUUCGAGUAUUUAGGACAAAAAAUCUAAAGAAUCCUAAAAGCCAAAAAAAUCAAAACACGAAAAUACUCAAAAUCAAACAUAUACCAAAAAUAACUAAAUAUCUAAAAGACCAAAAUCUUACCCGAGAACCAAAAAUAUCCAAUAUUUUAAAUAUAUUUUUACAAUUUGAAAUUUUACCCAAAACCUGAAACUAUAACAGAAAAUACGAAUCCAAAAUUUACAAUAAUAUUUUUAUACUGAGAACAUAUAUGAAUUACUCAAAUAUACAUAAUAUGAACAAAACAUUCUAGGUACUUUGGAUACCCGGAGUUCAAUAGAGACCCGCAUGUCCAAAAAAAUCUAAUAGGUACUUUUUCUCAAUCUUGAACUGAGCCUGUAUUUCGUAUUAGUUUGGUUCGUUUAUCAAAUUUAGGUAAAAUUUUUAUACUUAAGAAAGCGUUACAUAAGAGUGUAUAUAAAAAAUCUCGAAUAAACUUAUUCAUAAGUUAUAUAAUUUUAAACAAAUUUAUAUAUUUGAUAUAAUACGAUUUUAUAACAUAAUAAUACACAAUAUACUCAAAAUACUAUCUCAUAUCCAACUUCGUAUAUAACCCAUAAAAUCCGCGCUUUCGAAGCGCGGGUCGAAAUCUAGUGACUCUUUUAAAACAAUGGAAUAAACUAGGCAUGUGAUUUUUUAGCCGUUUUCGUUCACAGCAUUGUCAAACGGACCAGACGAUAACACAUGAGAGAACUAAAGAGUGAAGGUAUGUAUGUAUAUGUCACCGAACUGAAUAUUAAUAAAUCAUUAUAUACAUGUGAUGCUACGACAAGGAGGAAACGAGAUAUGUUUCGUAUAAGCACAACAUGUAAAUCAUCCAAGCCUAAUAAAUGGUUUCAAAUUAAUCUAACAGAGUUUUAGACAAAGUUUAUUUUGCUGGUCAGUAUGUACUUGCUUUGGUCUGUUAUGUAUAAAAAACACACCAAAAAUGGAUUAUUAAAAAAAAAAAGGUCAAAGAAGACAGAGAAGAAACGUGAGGAGUGUGAAUUGGAUCUGACAAGAAGAGAGAGAGCCCCCAGUAAAGGAGGAAUCCCGAGCGUCACCGCUCCUUCCGACCCAACUUUCACUUUUUCACAUUUCUUUUCGUGUGUCCUUUUCUAUUUUCAUUUAUUAUUUUUAUUUUAUUUUAAACAAUUAAAUCAUCACCAGUCAUCAUCAACACCUUGAUUUUAUUUUUUUUGAAUUUCUCAACAAUCGCUUUCUUCAUCCAUCGCUCUCAUUGUCUCUCAACAGAGAUUCUUCUUCUUCUUCUUCUUUUCAAACUUGAACAAGAAGAGUUAGCUCUGAAGAAUGUCGGGUCUAAAGAUAUCGGAUCCGAGCAAACUGCAUCUCAAGAGAGAGCUAACUCAAAUCAGGAAAGUCUCCAAAUGCUUACGCGAUCCCGGAACCUCUUCCUCCUGGAAAUCCCCUCUCACUUCCUCCAGAUCCGUCCCAGUGGAAGAAGAGCUUCCGCCGAGCAACAACAACAACGUCGCCCUUCUCAAUCAGUUGGAUUCACAGUUUCGAGCUGAGAGUAGUCGAGGCAAGGAGAAGGAGAAGAAGGUCUUCUUGUAUAAUUGGAAGUCUCACAAAACUUCUACCGACAAUGAUGAUGAUGAUGAUGAUGUGAGUGAUGCUAGGAACAAGAAUCGUUUUACCAAGAAGAAGAAUCGAUAUCAUCAUCAUCAACCUAAAGAAGCAACAUCAGGUGAAGAAACAGAGGAUUUCAGCAAUUCAGAGAGUCUUGGCAAGCUCACUCAAAUGCUGAAGCUUAAGCACAAGAACUGGUCACGCUCUUCUUCUUACAAGUUCUUGAGAGCUACAAGCAAGAGAGACUCCUCUUCUUAUACUUGUAACAGCACGCCUGCAUUGUCCACCACCUCGUACAACAACCUGUACGCUCUCCGUAGCCCCAGCACGGUGGAAUCUUUUGAUGAUGAUGAGUUGGAUGUUACAGGGAGCCAACAAGGCUGCGGGAUUCCUUUCUACAGGAAUCUGAAACAUAGAGGUGGGUGUAGGAGUUGCUGUUCGCCUUCGUUUUCGGAUACUCUUAGAAGGAAAGGAAGCAGCAUCUUAUGUGGUGGUGGGAGUCAAUAUAGGCAUAGACAUUCUUCUGGGAGAUGUAAUAAGAAGCUGAGUGUUGUACCUUUGCUUAAAUACGGUGGUGAUAGUACUAGAGGAGGAGGUUUAUCUAUAGGGAGUGAUGAUGAUUUUGGAGAGCUUGAUUUAGAGUCUCAGAGUAGAUUAGAUGGGAGAAGAUGGUCUACUAGUGAAGAAGAAGUAAGUAUGCAGAGCUUGAGCAUAAAGUACAAACCAAUGUUCUUUGAUGAACUCGUUGGUCAGAGUACUGUUGUUCAGUCCUUAAUGAACGCUUUGAAGAAGGGUAGAGUUGCUGGUGUUUAUCUAUUCCAAGGUCCUAGAGGAACUGGGAAGACAUCUACUGCGAGAAUCUUCUCGGCGGCUUUGAACUGUGAUGUGUUGGCGAAUGAAGAGAUGAAGCCUUGUGGGUACUGCAAAGAGUGCAGUGACUUCAUGUCAGGGAAGAGUAGGGACUUGUUGGAGCUUGAUGCGUCUAAGGAGAAUGGAGGUGAGAGAGUUAGGUACGUUUUGAAAAAGCUGAUGAGUUUGGCUCCUCCACAGGGUUCAGCAAGGUACAAGGUUUUUGUGAUAGAUGAGUGUCACUUGCUGCCGUCUAAGACUUGGCUGUUGUUACUCAAGUUUCUUGAGAAGCCUCUGCAGAGAGUCGUCUUCGUUUGUGUGACUACUGAGCUUGGGAACGUUCCUCGAACGAUUCAGUCAAGGUGCCAGAAGUUACUCUUCAACAAACUCAAGGAUGGUGACAUUGUUGUGAGGUUAAGGAAGAUUGCUUCAGAUGAAAAUCUCGAUGUGGAAUCUCAGGCGUUGAGCCUGAUUGCUUUGAAUGCUGAUGGCUCGCUUAGAGAUGCUGAAACCAUGUUGGAUCAGCUGAGUUUGAUGGGGAAGAGAAUCACUGUUGAUCUUGUAAAUGAGCUAGUGGGUGUUGUUUCUGAUGAGAACUUGCUUGAACUCUUGGAGCUAGCGUUAGCUUCUGACACGGCAGAGACCGUGAAGAAAGCUAGAGAGUUACUGGACUUAGGAGCUGACCCAAUUCUCAUGAUGUCUCAACUAGCUAGCCUUAUCAUGGAUAUCAUUGCUGGAGCAUACAAGGCCUUGGAUGAAAAAUACAGUGACGCCUUCCUUGAUGGACGUAACUUGAGUGAAGCGGAAAUGGAGAGGCUAAAGCAUGCUUUGAAGAUUCUUUCAGAGGCUGAGAAACAGCUUCGAGUUACUACCGAUCGUUCAACAUGGUUCAUAGCUACCUUGCUGCAGCUUGGUUUGAUGCCUUCUCCCGGAACCACACACACCAGUAGCAGUAGAAGGCAAAGCUCUAUAGCAACUGAAGAAAACCAGUCAAGCAUUUCAAGAGAAGUUAUUGCUUACAAACAAAGAUCAAGCCUUCAGUGUAGUAACUCAGCUUCCCCAACUUCCAUAAGAAAAGGCGAAACUACCGUUCAUGAAGUGACAUCUUUCUCCUCAUCCAGCGAAGUUUUAGAGAAUGAUGCAUCCAUUUCAGAGAAACUAAAUGAUAUCUGGAUGAAGUGUGUAGAUAAAUGCCAUUCAAAGACAUUGAAGCAGCUGCUAUAUUCUCAUGGAAAGCUAUUAUCUAUCAGUGAAGUUAAAGGUAUUCUAGUUGCUUAUAUUGCAUUUGGAGACAGAGAGAUCAAACUGAGAGCUGAAGGGUUCGUAAGAAGUAUCACAAAUAUGAUUGAGACUGUGCUAAGGAGAAACGUAGAGGUGAGGAUGAUCCUCUUGUCUGAAACUGAGUUACUCAGCUCCAAGCGGACAAGAGAAACAGAAGUGGCAGAUAGUUCAGAUACUGAAAGUGGGUACGAGGUUCCAAUGAAAAGGAUUGAAACGAUCAUCCAAGAACAGAGAUUAGAAACUGAAAGGUUACAGAGGACUCCUGGCUCACAAGGACUGUUAAAACCUGAAAGGAAUCAAGUUUCACCUCAAGAAGACACCAGUUAUCAUCAUCACCAACCAAACAUUGGUUCUGCAGUUUCUUCUGGACUAAACAAUGAAGUUUUGAAGAUUUGCAAAAUGGAUGAGGCUCAGGAGAAUCAGACCGGUAAAAGAAUGGAGCAUUGUCCUGUUUCACCGAGUAUACUCCACGAUAGUAACUUCACUAACAACAAAAACAAUCUAGGAUAUGAAUCUGUAUCAGGAAGAGGAGUUUGCAGUUUGCUUUUCUGUUGGAAAACACAGAAGUCUCCAAGAAUAAGCAAGAUCAAAGGGACCUCUGUGCGUUCACGAAGAAGUCAAAAGAGAAGAUUCUUGUUGUUCAGUGGAUGUGCCAAGACAAGGAAGUGAGAAAGGUUACCGUAUGGAAGAAGAAAAUAUUUAAGAGCCAAGAAAUCUCAGCUCUUCACAAAAACCGCCGUGGUUUAAUUCGUUUUAUUUUUUAACUGUAUUAUAAUUAUUUUUAUGAAAAUAAUAGGAGAAUUACAGUAACUCUGUAUUAGAAUUGAAUUUGAUAGCAAAUAUUGAAAAACUAUAAGAUAUGUAAUUUUAAAAGGAACUUUAUAUUA